UUGAAUGAUCGUAAAUUUGUUUAUUUUAUUGUCAUUUUUAUGUACUGAAAUCCCAAAAUGUCUCUUUAUCGUAAAUUCGAAGGGGAUGAUUCUAAAAUGCCUACAAAAGCGGAAGAAUUGCAGGAUGAAGAAACACCAGAAAAUUCAUCGAAAAUUCCAAAUAAAGUAAUUUUCGAUCCGUGGAUAAUCGACGAAGAUUUACACGGAUCAAUGACUAAUUUCAAAAUCGAAUUCGAUGUACAAAACGAACAAUAAUUAUAUUUUUA